GGUUGCAGAAGAAGGACCUGCUGAGCUUCAGUCUGAGGAAAAACAGGAAGAGGAGGAGCAACAGAACAUCUGGAGAUAAUUAAGGAGUCAGACGGCAGACAAAGACUUGGUUCUAGAAGAAGGAACAAAACUAAAGCUAGAACUCAACAUGGAAACCACAGAAUCCUGAGGAACCAUUGGAAAUGCAGUGAGGAAGAGGAAAGAAUAAAGAGUCUGGAUCUGAUCCGAACACCACUGAAAAGGAAAACCAAGAGGAGGAAUCGGAUUAAAGCUGAGAAAAGAUCUGACAGAAGGAAACUCAUCUACAGGAUGUCGGCAUCCCAGACGUGUUUGUGCUGCGUCAAAUACUUGAUGUUUGUCUUUAACCUCAUCUUCUGGCUGGGAGGAUGUGGUCUGUUUGGAGUUGGGGUCUGGUUGUCCUUCACCCAGGCUGAGUUCUCAUCUCUUCCUCUGUCGUUUCCGUCACUGUCGGCCGCCAACCUGCUGCUGGUGGCCGGUGGGAUCACCAUGGUGACGGGUUUCCUGGGAUGUCUGGGAGCCCUGAAGGAGCAGCGCUGCCUUCUGUUCAUGUUCUUCGCCAUCCUGCUGCUCCUGGUCCUGACCGAGGUCACCCUGGUGCUGGUCAUCCACAUCUUCCAUGACAAGCUGGAUUCUAAAGCUCAGGAUGAGUUGAAGGAAGGUAUGAAGAUCUACGAGUCAGAACCUGGACUGAAGAAAUCCUGGGACAACGUGCAGAAGAUGUUUAAAUGCUGUGGCGUCUCCAAUAAGACCGACUGGUUCGACGUUCUCAACGGAACGCUGCCGUCGUCCUGCUGCUCUGUGGGAACCCAGCGCUGUGAGGACGGCUGGUCUGAGAUCCAGGAUCAGUGUGAGGGAUCUCUAACCAUCUGGUGUUCUUCUGCAGCCGUGCUACCAGAAGGCCAGGCAGUGGCUGCUGGACAACAUCCCGUCAGUGCUGGUGUUUGGAGUCUGCAUCGGAGUCGUUCAGAUCCUGGCCCUGGUCUUCUCCAUGGUGAUGUACUGCCAGAUUCUCUGCACUGAGAAACAUUUGGACUGACUUCAUUUCUCUGGUUCUCAUCCGGACUGGAGCUGUUCAAGGUGUCGGGUUCUAAAUUCUCCUUAAACCGGAUCAGAACAGAAUCAGACUUCACAUGCUGGAACCUGAGGAUGAAUCUGGAGAUAAAACAUGAAACCAGUUUAAAUAAAUCUGUUCCACCCUAAACCUGAACACCUAAAGCUCAAUAAAAGCUCCACAGUUUAAAUCCAGCAGCUCAGUUUAUUAACGUCUGUUCUCCAGCAGGACUUAUUCCACUUUCUAUGUUUAUUAAUAAUCCCAACUAAAGGAGUCCAGACUCUUAAAAACCUGCUGGUUCAAUUUGAGUUCAGAUUCUGAUAGAAAUAUUUUUUAUGUAGCACUGAGUUCACUUUGUUCCAUCUUUGUACUUUAUUAAUAUCUGAUUUACAGACGUGUUCAUCUGUUUUAUAUCAUCUAAACUAUUCCUUCAGUAUUUCUGUAAUUAUUAACCACUAGUUCCUCUUUUGACUUAUUCUGGAGACAGCAUCCUGUAACUGGACAUGAAAUAAGAAAAAAGGAUUUAUAAAUAUUAAUAUUAUUAUUAUGAUUUCUUCUCAGUUCUGCACUAAUAAAUACAUAAAUAAAAGAAUAAACCAGUUAAAUCAUGUUAGAGGUAAUUUAAAACCAGAGCAGAAACUGAACCUGGAAGCUUGAAUACAAACAGAAUCCAAAUAAAGAGUUUGGGUUCUUUAAUCAACCAGCUCUACUCUUUAUGAAGCUGGUGGUUCUUCAUGAUUCUGUAAAUCUGUAGACUUCCUUCGUAUCGACGCCGGGAUGAUUCAGACCGAACAGAAAGCUGUUCUGGUUCUUUUUAUUCUCUAACCCUAAACAACACUUUGACUGUAAACUAGAAAAACCUCUAAAUGCUCCUGAAACAUCGACCAAAGUUAACCUCUGAAUAAAACGGAGGUUAGAUACAUACAACUUAAACGUUUUCUGUAAAAUCUAGUCAGGUUCUUGUGACUGAAUCGGGUUAACGUGUCAUCUGAAGCUAAUCACAGAAAUGACGUCUUUAUGUUCCACGUCUGCAGGAAAUCAGGUUCAGGUUCUUUAAUGAACUAUUGAAGCCUUCAGCAGGAUGUAGAGCAUUCAUGCAUGCUUGGUCUCUUCAGGUUUAGUCCACGUUCUGAGCUCUGGUCUUUAUUUGUUCUCUUUGCUGUAAAUAAAUCCAGUUUGCAUUGAGGACUUGA